AUGUCAGUACACAAAACGACCCCCAAAGCGUUCCAGACAGACGCGCUACGAAGAGUCGCCGACUGGACCAAGGGAAUUGCCGGCGCUGACCCCGAGCCCAUCAAGGUGGGCCUGAGCACCCAAGACUUCACCUUCGGUAGCUCGUCCUACAAGGCGGGACCCCUGACUUCGGUGGGACAGGGCGGCAACCUGGUGUGUAUCUGCGACACCCAGCGCGACACGCUGCAGAUCUGGAACUGCACCGAUGGCAACACGUACUUGCUGAGCACAUGCAAAACCGUGGAAACAGAGGGAGGAACGGUGGUGGGCCUACAUGCCCUCGACUCAACCGAAGUAGUGGUGCAAGUGCGACUCAAGAAGACGAUCCAAAUCAACGUCUACGACACAAAGACCCUGAGUCUAGUACACACAAUGGAAGGACCUGUCAAAACGCCAGAUAGCUAUACAGUCAACCAAGCUGUUCGUUAUCUUGUUUUGACCGCUCCUACAGGCGAGUUUUUUGUGUACAAGCGACCCAAUUUCGAACUGACCGAAAUCACCGGCACUGCAAAGGUACAAACAACACAGAUUCAGCCUGCAGCGGCUCAGAAGCAGCGCGAAUCCAGCAUUCUGCCUCCGUUCCCACACUCGGCUCCCUUGCUGGAUCUUCAAGGCAGAUGGUUGGCGUAUUGUCGUGAUGCUCCCGAUCUCGACGGGGUGCUGACCCCCGUGGGUCUUCCUCCUCCAGGACCUCUGCUGGAGCGAGUGCUUGAGUCACUCUCAAUGACGGCCGCCACGUCGCUCAAGUCGCUGGUCGCAGCAGGCUCCCGGUACUACUGGGGCUACGAGUCGUCGCAGCCCAACACCGCCACCUCCAAGGCAGGCCUGAGUAUGCGAUCGUGGAACCUUCUGGGUCGAAAGCCGCCCAUCGUAACCGUGAUAGAUCUUCAGACUGGAAAAGAAAUGUGCUCUUUUUCUCCCCCGUCUGGUCUAUCUUUCCUCUCUCUGUCACCUUACGAUCUGUCCAUUGCCACAGCCUCUCACAAUGGUGAACACGUAUUCACCUAUGAUCUCACGUUUGCAGACAAGGAGGUGAAUCUGAUUUCGAAGCACCAGCGCGGAAAGACGCCCGCCCGGGUUGGUGGCAUCAUCUGGACCACCUCUGGUGGUCUGGGUAUCGUCAACGCCAAGCAGGGCUCUCUGCACUGGUUCCAGAGAAACAUGGAGUAUCCGUUUUACUCAGAGGAGGCCAAGCUGUGGAAACUGUCUGGAGUUCGCCAGGGAGUCAGUAGCUGUAGCGAUGAAUCGAGUGUGCUGCUUUUGAGAGGCAACAGACUUGUUUCUGUCAAUCAGGCCUCCGGAAGUGUGAAUCACGAGUGGGUCUUCCCUCUUGAGAGUGCAGAGCCAACCAGAGAGACAAAACAGGUUCCAACUCCCGUGUCUUUCUCCACUCCUGUGUCCACCUCCAAUGCCUCCUCGGUGUUUCCUUCUUGUGCGUCAUCUGUUCACAACUCGGCCACUCCUCCCUCGAGUCGAGGCUUUCACAGCCCUUCCGGUAUUUCUGGCCAAAACAGCGUGUUGAACGCGCUGCGUGAGACUCAGGAAGCUGCUAACGCUCGGAUCUCGGCUGAGCGAAAAGCAUUACUUACAGCCGUCGACCCGUUGUCUGUCUACGAGCUUGAAACGUGCUCUCCAUACCCUUACUUCCACAGCAACAAGCGAACGAUGCAGUCGACGUACGCAGUGGGCUCCAACGGCCACGAGAAGGUCCCUUCAGAGUCGCCACAGUUCAAUGUCUUUGGAGGGCCCAUUGACUACUGUCCUCUCGAUUUUGGAUGCGGUACCGGCGAGGUGGAAAUGUUUGGAGAGCUGGACAUUGAAGAGUACGACUACAAGGGCCAGGUGUUCAGCGAUGCUCCUGGGCUGGACUCAGAUUCUCACCAGAGCGACCGAGACUCCGAGUUGGCCACCCCCGAGUCUGCAGACUCAGGUUUGCUUCUCAAUGUCAGUCAAGUCGAGCAGGCGUUGGUCGGCAAGCAAAUAGUUGCGUAA